GACAGACGAUGAAGUGUCACUAACGUCAAUUGCUGAGUUUAUUCCUUCCAAUUUCAGUGAAUCUCCAUUGGUAAUGCGUUCAUUAUGUGUGUGAAUGUAAUUUAGUGAAAAAUCCGUUGUUUUAACCCUCGGAGAAUAUAAAUAAGAAAGGCGAAAAGUGGUAGUGGUCAGUUUUCCAUAGUCUGUUGUUAUGGAUUCAGAAGAGGACACUUAUGACAAUGUUGAUUCGGGGAACGAGUCCAGCGGUGAUGAUGUUGAUUUUGCAAUGGAAGUUGAAGUUACAGGACACAGGGAAAAGCAGACGGACGUCGACGACUACCCUUACGAGGUUUUAUCAACCGAAGAGAUCGUCCAACACAUGGUUGAUUCAAUCAAGGAAGUUAACUCAGUUGUGGAGAUCUCCACAACCACAACACGGAUCCUCCUCAACCACUUCAGGUGGGACAAGGAGAAACUAAUGGAACGGUUCUACGAUGGGGACCAAGACAAACUCUUCUCGGAGGCGAGAGUCAUCAAUCCGUUCAAUAAAUACAGCAACAAAGUCAAGCCACCGAAAAAGACUGGCAAUGGGACAGAGGAAUGCGAAAUUUGUUUCAUGACACUUCCUUCUUCUCACAUGACUGGACUCGAAUGUGAACACAAAUUUUGUACUCACUGCUGGUGUGAGUACUUAACCACGAAAAUAAUGGAGGAAGGAGUAGGCCAAACAAUUGCUUGUGCAGCGUACGGCUGUGACAUCCUUGUUGAUGAUGCAACUGUUAUGAAAUUAGUGAAGGAUUCUAAAGUUAAAUUAAAAUAUCAACAUUUAAUUACUAAUAGCUUUGUUGAGUGCAAUCGUUUGCUGAGAUGGUGUCCCUCGCCAGACUGUAGCAACGCAAUAAAGGUGCAGUAUGUGGAGCCCCACCGUGUGACGUGCAAAUGUAACCACACGUUUUGCUUUGCUUGCGGUGAAAACUGGCACGAUCCUGUAAAGUGUCACCUAUUGAAAAAAUGGAUAAAGAAAUGCGACGACGAUUCGGAGACUAGUAACUGGAUAGCAGCUAACACCAAAGAGUGUCCAAAGUGUAACGUAACGAUCGAAAAAGACGGCGGCUGUAACCACAUGGUUUGCAAAAACCAGAACUGCAAGGCGGAUUUCUGUUGGGUGUGUUUGGGACCAUGGGAGCCUCAUGGUACUUCAUGGUAUAAUUGUAAUCGAUACGAUGAGGAUGAAGCGAAAGCGGCGAGAGAUGCUCAAGAAAAGUCGAGAUCGGCGUUGCAGAGAUAUUUAUUUUACUGUAAUAGAUAUAUGAACCAUAUGGCGUCGCUAAAAUUCGAACAUAAGUUGUAUGCGUCGGUUAAGGAGAAGAUGGAAGAGAUGCAGCAUCAUAAUAUGAGCUGGAUUGAAGUACAGUUUCUUAAAAGAGCGGUCGAUAUUUUGUGUCAAUGUCGACAGACGCUAAUGUAUACUUACGUUUUCGCUUACUAUUUACAAAAAAAUAACCAAUCUGUGAUCUUCGAAGAUAACCAAAAAGACCUGGAGAGUGCCACUGAAACGUUAUCGGAGUAUUUAGAGAGAGAUAUUACGUCUGAAAAUCUCGCCGAUAUUAAGCAAAAAGUCCAAGAUAAAUACAGGUAUUGCGACAGUAGGAGGAAAGUUCUUCUGGAACAUGUCCACGAAGGUUAUGAAAAAGAAUGGUGGGAUUAUAAUGAAUAGUUAGAUAAUGCAAUGCCUCCGUUCUGGAAUUAGAUCGACUAGUAUUUAUAGUUAUAAUAAAUACCUAGUUACCUCAUUGAGACGGAAAACACUGUCAAUCCGUACUUAUGAUAUUAGCUAAAGUUUAGUACAUCAAGAAUUUCGAUCUAUUAACAGAACGAAUUUUGAUAAAUAAAGUUGCACCCUGUUACUGUAAUAUUUGCAUUUUUGAAGAGGACAGUAGAUGUGGAGAAAACACAUUCUAGAUCUGUUUUAUUAUACUUAAAAGAAGAAUUUAAAUUGUCUUUUAAAUUUCUAAAAUGAAAGUUGUGAGUGAUUAGUAUAUUUUAUUGUUAACUAUUAAGUUUUAAACUAAAUGAGGCCAUUUAUUGUUCCAAAUGAUUUGCUAAAAACGAAAACAUGUUGAAUAGAACCAGUAGUCUAAUUUUUAAUGUAAUAUAGAACUAUUUUUGCUUGUAGAUUUAACUUUUCUUCGUUUUUCGACGUGUGGAAUCUACUGUGAUUCUAAUUUUCUAAUAACUGUAAAUAAGAUAGUGGCCGAUUAGAUUCCAGCAAUUACAAAUGAUCAUUGUUUGGAAAUUCUAGCCUAAGAUAUAGAGCUUCUAUCAAGUAAAAACUUAUUUUUUGGCGACUUUAAGAGGUAAGACCGUUUGUGAUUGUAUACAGAUCUAAUUUUCAAUACAUACUAUUUUCGUAAAUGUAAAUAUUUCAUACUGCUGUUUGUCACUUGGUUCUAUCACUGUCAUUGAUUUAUAAUUUCAUUCUGGAUGUACCUACUUAAUCAAAGUGUAAAUAAUGAAAAUAUACCCUUAGAUGGUGGAAUUCCGUCGUUUAUUCUGAAAACUGGUGCGCAAUGAAAAAUAAUCAAUUAAUGCAGUCUAAUCUCAUUUAUUAAUUAUUUUUCUCUUACUUAAUUCACAUUAUUUAUAUAGAUAAGUUCAUUACAUUGCGUCCACAUGUGGACGUAAUGAAGCGAACUCAGGUUUACAUAAUUUUAUCAACGGGAACACUAUGAUCAAUUUUUUCUUUUAGGGAAUUGUUACUUAAUCCUUAAAUAAUUUCUUAAUAUAUGUAUAUGUAGCACAUUCCCCACCAGAAAUUAUUUAACUGGAUUGUUGGCAUGCAAUAGAUUUAUGUAAUUCUCCCGAUUCUGGUAGAACCUUAAAAGUAGUGUUGUGAGGGAAAGUUUUAAAAAACUUCACGACACUAUUAAAAGUACUCCAUCCCAAAUGGAAUUUAAAUAAAUCUUACUUUAAUUGAACUCGAACUCAAACUCAAUCAGCUGGAGUUCUGUUAUUGUUAAGUAACAAUAAACUGUAAAUUUGUAAAGUAAUAAAAUUAAUGAUUAAACAUAA